UGUCAAACACGGGCUCGGACAACAACGGAUGUCCUCCGACGCCGCCCUGCAUCGCCCCGAGCGACUUUACCACCGACACAAACCCACAAAUCCUGAUCUAUGGCGUUCAGGAAGGCCCUCAAACGAACGGCCAUUAUAGGCAGCGGGGCCGUCGUCACCGGUUUUGGUCUGUCGCAGCUCAUCGAGUACCGGAAAAAGCAGGUGCGGUUAACUCAUGUGGCAGCAGAAGCACAGCUGAAGGCUCCUUUUGCAGACGGACUUCCUUCUAGGCAGGGCCAACUUACAAGGCUGAGAAACACAGAGUUUGACGUCCUGGUGGUUGGAGGUGGAGCCACGGGUGCAGGAUGUGCCUUAGACGCCGCCACACGCAACCUAAAGACUGCUCUUGUCGAGAGGAACGACUUUUCUUCAGGGACGAGCAGCCGGAGUACCAAGCUCAUUCACGGUGGUGUCCGUUACCUCCAGAAGGCCAUCAUGAAACUGGAUUACGAGCAGUACAUGAUGGUGAAAGAGGCCCUCCACGAACGAGCCAACCUCCUGGAGAUUGCACCUCACCUGUCGGCGCCACUCCCCAUCAUGCUUCCUGUUUACAAAUGGUGGCAACUGCCUUAUUAUUGGGCCGGAAUCAAAAUGUACGACUUGGUUGCCGGCAUCCAGUGCCUAAAGAGCAGCUAUAUGCUCAGUAAGACCAAAGCCCUGGAGCUCUUCCCCAUGCUAAAGAAGGACAAGCUGGUGGGAGCCAUCGUCUACUAUGAUGGACAGCACAACGAUGCCCGUAUGAACCUGGCUAUUGCCCUCACCGCUGCCCGCUAUGGUGCUGCCAUGGCCAACUAUACGGAGGUGGUUCACCUGCUAAAGAAAAAGGACCCGCAGACCGGCUCUGACAAGGUGUACGGUGCGCGAUGUCGGGACGUGCUUACAGGAGAGGAAUUUGAUGUUAAAGCCAAAUGUGUGAUCAAUGCUACGGGGCCCUUCACGGACUCACUGAGGAAGAUGGAUGACCAAGAAAGUCCAAACAUCUGCCAGCCCAGUGCCGGCGUGCACAUUGUCAUCCCUGGCUACUAUAGUCCCGACAACAUGGGCCUUUUGGAUCCGGCGACAAGCGAUGGCCGAGUCAUUUUCUUCCUACCUUGGGAGAAGAUGACCAUCGCUGGAACCACGGACACACCCACCGAUGUGACAGCCCACCCUAUCCCUGGGGAGAAUGACAUCAACUUCAUUCUGAACGAGGUCCGCAACUAUCUCAGCCCCGAUGUGGAAGUGAGACGAGGUGACGUGUUGGCGGCGUGGAGUGGCAUUCGUCCACUGGUGACAGACCCCAACUCCAAAGACACUCAAUCCAUCUGCCGUAACCACAUAGUGAGCCUCAGUAGCAGCGGGAUGGUCACAAUUGCAGGUGGUAAAUGGACCACCUACAGAUCCAUGGCUGAGGAGACUUUGGAUGCUGCCAUUAAAGCGCAUACCCUCCCAGCUGAGACCUGCAAGACUGUAGGUCUGAGAUUGGAGGGCGCCAACGGCUGGACGCCGACACUUUACAUACGACUGGUGCAAGACUACGGCUUGGAGCAGGAAGUUGCCCAGCAUCUGGCCUCUACGUACGGAGGGAAGGCAUACGACGUUGCCAAGAUGGCGCUGGUCACAGGGCAAAGAUGGCCGAUCGUCGGAAAAAGACUUGUGUCCGAGUUUCCUUACAUUGAGGCUGAAGUUCUGUAUGCCAUCAGGGAGUACGCCUGCACCGCCAUCGAUGUCAUUGCUCGGCGAACACGUUUGGGCUUCCUGAAUGUACAAGCAGCCGACGAGGCCCUCCCACGCAUCGUGCAGAUCAUGGCCAAGGAGUUGGGCUGGGGCCAGGAGCGUAAGACGGCCGAGCUUGAAGCAGCUAAGAAGUUCUUGUACCACGAGAUGGGCUACCGGUCUCGCUCUGAGCAGCUGACCAAAACAUCCGAGAUGAAUCUGGACAACCAGGAAGUAGCAAGGUACAAGAAACGCUUCCACAAGUUUGACAAAGAAAGCAAAGGAUUCAUCACCACCGUCGACGUCCAGCAAGUCUUGGAUAGCAUCAACGUCCACAUCGAUGAGAACGCGCUCCAUGAUAUUCUUAACGAGGUAGACGUCAACAAGAAUGGACAGAUUGAAAUUGGCGAAUUCUUGCAGAGACUACAAUCAGUUGAUGAGCGCCGUCAAAAAGGGCCAAGUGUCUGACAGUCGCCUGGCCAUCCUCAUGAAGUCCGCCGAGGAGACUCUGGAUAUGAGGGGCCCCGUGACGGUGGACCGCAGCGGGGGCGGAGUCUAAGCCCCGAGCCUUUGUGAGACCUCAUCUGAAUGACAAUGCAAUCAGGCAGAUGGCGGCGGGGAUUUUAGCCAAAUCAAGAACGAAACCGGCGCCGCUCUUUAGCUUGUUUUGGGUGAAAUAGAGUCUAAUGGCUGAGAUUUGUUUUGCAUGAGCCGCCUGUUUGUGUUUUGAUUAGUGCUCAGAGUCAGGUGCCUCCAAUGUUCCACAGAGCACAAUGUAUCUAUUUAUAGCAUCUUUUUAUCAAUUUUAACACCUAUUUUUUUAACUUGACACUAUUGUGCACAUACUAACUGAACACCUGUACUUUACUUUACAGGUCUACCAUCUUUUAUUCAUUUCCUUACAGCGUACUUUUUAUUGCUUAACCUUAAUUGAGGGGUGUCACAAACCUUUUACAGCAGGGACCACUUCACCUUUGGUUUGUUUACUCAACAUACCAAACCUGGAUUGAAACACUUUAGGAUUUAUCGACGAGCUGAGAUUUUCAUAUUGCCAAAACCCCAAAACCAGUGAAGUUGUCAAGUUGUGUAAAUGGUAAAUAAAAAGAGAAUACAACAAAUCCUUUUCAACUUAUAUUCAAUUGAAUAGACUGCAAAGACAAGAUAUUUCAUGUUCCAACUGAAAAACUUAUCUUUUAUUGCAAAUAAUCAUUAACUUAGAAUUUAAUGGCAGCAACACAUUGUAAAAAAAAGUUGUCACAGGGGCAUUUUUACCACUGUGUUACAUGGCCUUUCCUUUUAACAACACUCAGUAAAUGUUUGGGAACUAAGGAGACACAUUUUUGAAGUGGAAUUCUUUCCCAUUCUUGCUUGUCGUACAGCUUAAAUUGUUCAACAGUCCGUGGUCUCCGUUAUGGUAUUUUAGGCUUCAUAAUGCGCCACACAUUUACACAUGGCUUGGCAUUGUCUUGCUGAAAUAAGCAGGGGCGUCCAUGGUAACGUUGCUUGGAUGGCAACAUAUGUUGCUCCAAAAAAAGUAUGUACCUUUCAGAAUUAAUGGUGCCUUCACAGAUGUGUAAGUUACCCAUGUCUUGGGCACUAAUACACCCCCAUACCAUCACAGAUGCUUGCUUUUACACUUUGCGCCUAUAACAAUCCGGAUGGUUCGUUUCCUCUUCGACGUCCACAUUUUCCAAAAACAACUUGAAAUGUGGACUCGUCAGAUCGCGGAACACUUUUUCCACUUUGCAUCAGUCCAUCUUAGAUGAGCUCGGGCCCAGCGAAGCCGGCUGUGUUUCUGGGUGUUGUUGAUAAAUGGCUUUCGCUUUGCAUAGGAGAGUUUUAACUUGCACUUACAGAUGUAGCGACCGACUGUAGUUACUGACGGUGGUUUUCUGAAGUGUUCCUGAGCCCAUGUGGUGAUAUCCUUUACACACCGAUGUCGCUUUUUGAUACAGUACCGCCUGAGGGAUCGAAGAUCCGUAAUAUCAUCGCUUAUUUGCAGUGAUUUCUCCACAUUGUCCAAACCUUUUGAUGAUAUUACGGACCGUAGAUGGUGAAAUCCCUAAAUUCCGUGCAAUAGCUGGUUGAGAAAUAUUGUUCUUAAACUGUUUGCUCACGCAUUUGUUGACAAAGUGGUGACCCUCGCCCCAUCCCUGUUUGUGAAUGAUUGAGCAUUUGCUGCUUUUAUACCCAAUCAUGGCACCCACCUGUUCCCAAUCAGCCAGUUCACCUGUGAGAUGUUCCCAAUAAGUGUUUGAUGAGCAUUCCUCAACUUUUUUUGCCACUUGUGCCAGCUUUUUUGAAACAUGUUGCAGGCAUCAAAUUCCCAAAUGAGCUAAUAUUUACAAAAAAUAAAAAACAAAGUUUUCCGGUUCGAACGUUAAGUAUCUUGUUUUUGCAAUAUUGAAUAUAGGUUGAAAAGGAUUCCCUGCGACCCCGAAAGGGACAAGCGGUAGAAAAUGGAUGGAUGUAUUCUGUUUUUAUUUACCAUUUACACGACAUGCCAACUUCACUGGUUUGGGGUUUUGUACUAAUAUUGGUCACAAUAAUCGUUACAUUCAGGGCCUGAUUUACUAAGAUCUAAACACCACGUGCAAUCUCUAAAUUGGUAUAAACUAUUAUUGCAUGUACAAUUGUAAAUUGGUGCAUAUCGCCUUAUUUAAAUGAGGAUUUUAUGUGUACUAUUUACGGAGCAUCGCCAAGGAGACAUUCAUUUACUGCACAUUCAUGUUAUCAAACAUGCGGGAGACAUCCACCACUUUUUAGGGGCAUUUUAGAAGCAGUUGAGCGCUUAAUAUGCAAAAAAAUUCAAACAAAGAAAUGUUUUCUUAUAAGAUAUAUUUUAAUAAUAUAUAUUUUAGGUGGAAAAAAAACAAAAGUCAUUAAAAAAAAUACACCAAAACGCAUACAUUUGUUUUAACCUCUAAAGGCCUUAGUGGCCACAUGUGUGGACAGCACCUUUUAGCUCUUAUUUCCAAAAUUGUGUACACUACUGAAUUGGGGUCUUAUGGCCACUUAUGUGGACACUUAUUCUGCCAUCUGGUGGUGUCAGAAGAGUAUAACAUACAAUGGAAUUUGGGGGAAAAAAAGUGUAAAAAUAAAAAUGUGCAUGAAGUACACGUUUGUGUACUUAUGGACUAAGUACAUCAUAUCAAAAGGUGAUUCUUAGUUUUCAUUCUAAUUAGGGUCCAAUAAGCCCAAAUAGCAAAGAGAAAUUAAAAAAAGCAUGUAAACAAACAGCUUGGGCCUUAAGAGGUUAAGCGAUCGUCACCACAAUUGUGGCAGUUAAUGACAUUUGCACCAUGUUUUGAACUUGUUAAAGACAAAAAAACAAACUUGCAGAGUCUUGCAUUCAGUCAUGGAAAUAAGCGAUUGAGAGUGCAGCAAUACCCACAAUGCAAUGCGUGUCCACAUCACACCUUCAAGCCCUACUGUGAAUGACCUCUAGUUCUUGUCUCCCUGAAGUUCUUGUCCCCCAAACUUACCGUUCUGAAAUGGCUGUAAACACACCAACAUGUACCAGGUGAUGGUGUCCCUUUUUUCCUUAACCUCUAAAGGCUUAGUGGCCACAUGUGUGGACAGCACCUUUUAGCUCUUAUUUCCAAAAUUGUGUACACUACUGAAUUGGGGUCUUAUGGCCACUUAUGUGGACACUUAUACUGCCAUCUGGUGGUGUCAGAAGAGUAUAACAUACAAUGGAAUUUGGGGGAAAAAAGUGUAAAAAUAAAAAUUUGCACGAAGUACACGUUUGUGUACUUAUGGACUAAUAAGUACAUCAUAUUAAAAUAUGAUUUUUAGUUUUUAUUCUAAUUAGGGUCCAAUAAGCCCAAAUAGCAAAGAGAAAUUAAAAAAAAAAGCAUGUAAACAAACAGCUUGGGCCUUAAGAGGUUAAUCAGCCCUUUAGGUCCUCUAGCAGCUAUAGAAUUAUAAAAUGAUGUUGCUGAAUAGAUAAUAUGUCUUUAGUUCUGACAGGUGCUAAGUAAAGUGCAAAAUAGUGCUCGCAAAAGGGCGAUGAGUGUUGAUAAAUCACGCGUGUUGAAUAAUUAUAUUUGCAUGUUCUCCUCCCAGCAUUGUGAUGAUCAGCAUAUAUUGUGCAUGAUAAUGAAGACAGGCGCCUCAUUCUGCUCACUUAACCGACGCAAUCCACUUUGCACACGUUCAGUAGAUCAGCUUUGCAUGUGCUAUUAAGUUUGCACGCGUUUUAGCACACGCAGACCUUUCGUAAAUCAGGCCCUAAAUGUUAUUUUCCUCUCUAAUGUGGAUCUAGCCACGAACAAUGGGAGACCGGGCUUUCUGCUCCGCCGCUCCCAGUCUGUGGAACGCUCUCCCUGACCACCUGAGGGCACCACAGACUGUGGACGCUUUUAAAAAAAGGCUUAAAAACCCUUCUUUUAAAAAAAAGUCUUUUUUUUUAUCCAAUCCAAUCCAAUCCACUUUAUUUAUAUAGCACAUUUAAACAACAAACAUGUUUCCAAAGUGCUGCACAACAAUAUUAAAAACAAUAUCUAAAUAUUAUCCUUAGCUCCACCAAUGACUGAAUAAAAACAAAAAAUAAAUAGAUAUAAAAACAAUAAAAAAUUAAUAUGAUUAAAAACGAUUUUAAAGGGUAAAACCAAUUAAAACAGUAAAUAUAAAUCAAAAUUUAUAAUAAAAAAAACACAGAGGACCACACAACUCACGUAGUGUUAAAAGCCAAAGAAUAAAAGUGGGUCUUAAGACGAGACUUACAACACUCCACUGUGGGAGCAGUUUGAACAUGGAGGGGCAGAGUGUUCCAGAGCUUAGGGCCGACCACAGAGAAGGCCUUGUCUCCCUUAGAUUUAAGUCUGGUCUUGGGCACCACGAGCUGGAGCUGGAGAUAUAUGCAUACUAGAGAUGCGCGGUUUGCGGACACAAGCGCGGAGUCCGCGGAUUAUCCGCGGGUCGGGCGGUUGAAAUAAAAAAAAAUUAGAUUUUAUCCGCGGGUCGGGUCGGGCGGUUGAAAUUAAAAAAAAUUAGAUUUGAAAUAGAUUCAGGCGGGUGGCAGUUAAACCAAUUCGGAAAUAUAUAUACAUAGUUAAAUGUUGUUACCCACAUACGAAAAACGAGCAGGCACCUGCAGCAUGCCACAACAGAAGAAGAAAAAAAAAAGAGAUGGCAACGCCGGCAGCAAACGUGGUACGCGACAAACUAAAAAAGGGAAUACUAAAGACCCGGGGAAAAAAAGGCCAGAAAAGUUCAGCGUGGACUCGUUUUUAUGAAGUUGUAAAUCAGGAUGAUAGUAAUGCUGGCUACGUGAUUUGCAAGAGCUGCGACGCUGUUUAUGUCUACGACAGUCACAAAACCGGGACAUCUAACAUGGUGCAUCACAUUUGUGCAAAACCCCGAACCUCCACAAACACCCCGAGCAUGAGCAGUUUCGUCCGCCGUGAUCCCAGAAGAGUGCCACAGGAUGUUAAAACAAGAUAGAACGCAGCUGCCUGCAGCAGUUUGAGUGGUGCGAGCGCGCUUGGAGGUGCGCUCAGCGCGGCUCCCAGAUAAUUGCGCACUAAUGUGCGUCUGGGCCGUGACAGCGUGGCACGCAUUGAAUGUCUCUGCUGCAUUGGAUCAGUCUCCUUUCUUUAACAGGCAAAAGCUUUAUAACCUCACUAAUGCCUUGCAUCGUCUAUAUUAGAUAUAUAACAACGGGCGGGUGGCGGAUGGCGGGCGGGUGCGGUUUUGAUUAAAUGUUAGUUCGGGUGGAUGGCGGAUGGUUGACGACUUUUGUGAUGCGGUUGCGGAUGAAAUAAUUGCCUAUCCGCGCAUCUCUAAUGCAUACUAGUUAUAGCUUUUUUUUUCUUUUUUUUUAAUACACUGUAGCACUUUGAGAUUGUUUACUCAAUGCAAAGUGCUUUUUUACAAAUAAAAUAUAUUAUUAUUAUUAUUAUUAUUAUCAAGUUUGAUAAGGAUAUUUACACGCUUUGUUUUCCAAGUCAAAACAAUAUUCUAUCUAUUGAAAAGGGUGCAGGUCAUUAAAAAGCAAGCUGUGGAACAGAAAUGGCCCCCAAGCCGCAUUUUGAACACCAGUUCUAUAACUAAUAAGUGAUUCAUGGUAGACCUGCAAAGUACUAAAAGGUUUUCAUUUGUUUUUGACCUCAUCGUUACUGUCCAGGCGGGUCAACACUGCCGGGUUCAAUGCAAAAGAGACUUUUAAAGUGAAAGCCGCGGUACUAAAUCUUACUGAUAAACCGAUGUUUACAGGUAUCAAGCUUUAUCUGCACUCGCUCUGCUCUUAUUUCAAAGUGUUUAGUCACUAAGCUUAACUUUUAAAGACAUUACAAAACAGGAUUAAAAAAAAGGUGAUUCUAUAUUUUUAUUAUUCGGUGAGAAAUGCAUGCUUAUAUUCUCCAAGUGGUGUGUUGGAAGUGAGACAUUUAUAUUUCAGUGUAAAAAAAGAUAACAAAAAAACAAACAAAAAAAAGGCUUCAUUUGAUCAUGUCCCAGCACGCUCACUGUUCAUGUUUUGGGAAGGAUGACUUGAGGUCGUGUGCCUUCUCAUGUUGAGACAGAACCACUCAUGAACGCUGCCAAGACUUUUUACUGACGCUCUUUGUUGAUCUUCAUGUGUCACAAUCUAAUCUUUCAACUGCAGGGAUUCAAACUUAGCUUGUGUGCCUUUCAGUGCAUUGGUGGCAAAGUCAAUGGGAUGAUAUUUGAUUAGUAUUAAAACCUGUUUUGCACACACUCAUACUCAAUAUUAUUCAACAAAACCAAGUUUGCUUUUAAAUAAUAAAAACACGCUGCAAAAACUGAAACCUAAGUAAGAUGAAAUAUGUCAAAUAAGGGUGAUAUUUGCUUAUUUUCUGUCUGAUAAGAUAAUUCUUCUCACUAAGCAGAUUUUAUGUUUUACUUGUUUUAAGGGUUUUGGUCCUAAAUGAUCUCAGUAAGAUAUUACAGCUUGUUGCUGAGAUUUGAUGACCUAUAUUGAGUAAAACAUGCUUGAAACUAGAAUAUCAACUGUUGCAAAGCUGUGUCAUCAACACUCACAAGUAUAAAACUACUUUUUUAAAGUAAUCAUUUCUUACUUCAAGCAUGAAAAAAAUAAAAUCAUGAUUUUGACACAAUUGUGUGUCAUAAUUAAAACAGAUGACAGCGAAAUGGACUUUGCUGUUUUAUUUUCAAUGAAACAAUAGAAAAUAUGUACUCAUAUAGUAGUACAGUUGGCACAGUACAGUAAACUGACAGUUAAUAUUUAAACAUUUAACAUGUCUAACAAUUUUGAACAGAAAUAGUUCAUGCACAUUCAGAUACAUUUUUCAAAAUUACAAUAAAAAUGUUUUUGGCCGGGGGCCGGGCUGUGUAUAUGCGCACUAAUUGACUGAAAGAGCACGCACUUGACGCGAUGAUGUCAUGUUAUCCAUGGAAAAAUGCAUUUUUAGACAAUAUGAUUUGCCUGAGCGGCUAGGAGACCCCGAGAGUAACAAGCGGUUCCCUUGUUGCCUUUCCAUUAAGAACAAUAAAUUAGUUUUUAGUAUAAGUUUGCUGGUUUCAAGAAAUGUAAUGCCGAGCGCAUAUCAUUAUGUCAAGAUAAUGGCACUAGCAUUUACUUCAUUUAAGAACAUUUUUCAACAUAUUGAGCAAAAAAGGUCUCUUUUUUUUUUUCUUCCAAGAAAAGUGCACUUGUUAUUAGUGAGAAUAUACUUAUUUUAAAGGGGAACAUUAUCACAAUUUCAGAAUGGUUAAAACCAUUAAAAAUCAGUUCCCAGUGGCUUAUUUUAUUUUUCGAAGGUUUUUUCCAAAAUUUUACCCAUCACGCAAUAUCCCUAAAAAAAGCUUCAAAGUGCCUGAUUCUAACCAUCGUUAUAUACACCCGUCCAUUUUCCUGUGAUGUCACAUAGUGAUGCCAACACAAACAAACAUGGCGCAUAGAACAGCAAGGUAUAGCGACAUUAGCUCGGAUUCAGACUCGGAUUUCAGCGGCUUAAGCGAUUCAACAGAUUACGCAUGUAUUGAAACGGAUGGUUGUAGUGUGGAGGCAGGUAGCGAAAACGAAAUUGAAGAAGAAACUGAAGCUAUUGAGCCAUAUCGGUUUGAACCGUAUGCAAGCGAAACCGACGAAAACGACACGACAGCCAGCGACACGGGAGAAAGCGAGGACGAAUUCGGCGAUCGCCUUCUAACCAACGAUUGGUAUGUGUUUGUUUGGCAUUAAAGGAAACUAACAACUAUGAACUAGGUUGACAGCAUAUGAAAUACAUUUGGCAACAACAUGCACUUUGAGAGUGCAGACAGCCCAAUUUUCAUCAAUUAAUAUAUUCUGUAGACAUACCCUCAUCCGCGCUCUUUUCCUGAAAGCUGAUCUGUCCAGUUUUGGAGUUGAUGUCAGCAGGCCAGGGAAGCUAGGGUCGAUAGGGGGUUUAGCUCGCUCGUCUGCGGGAACAAACUGCCGCCAUUGCUUGCCGUGCUACCGAGGUCCUUUGUCCCUGAAUUGCUCACACACUCCGGCAGACUCAAUGGGGGUCUGGCGGCAGAUUUCUUUGACUUUAUCAUUGGAAAUGCAUCUGCUUUGAGUGUCGCAGGAUAUCCACACAUUCUUGCCAUCUCUGUCGUAGCAUAGCUUUCGUCGGUAAAGUGUGCGGAACAAACGUCCAAUUUCUUGCCACUUUCGCAUCUUUGGGCCACUGGUGCAACUUGAAUCCGUCCCUGUUCGUGUUGUUACACCCUCCGACAACACACCGACGAGGCAUGAUGUCUCCAAGGUACGGAAAACAGUCGACAAAACGGAAAAUAACAGCUGAUUUGACUCGGUGUUUGAGAAAAUGGCGGAUUGCCAUCGCUCCAAGAGCGAAUAAUAGAAAGGCAUUUAAUUUGCCAAAAUUCACCCAUUUAGAGUUCGGAAAUCGGUUCAAAAAAUAUAUGGUCUUUAUUUCUGCAACAUCAAGGUAUAUAUUGACGCUUACAUAGGUCUGGUGAUAAUGUUCCCCUUUAAGGUAUUUUUAGGUUCAUUGAGGUUAGCUAACUCGUUUUGGAAAGUCUUGACAAGCCAAAUUUUCUUGUUCUAUUGGCAGAUAAAUUUGCUUAGUUCAAAUAAAAUACCCCUAAUUUUUGUGGGUUUUUUUCUCGUUUUUGAACACAGACUUUUUGCAGUGUACCAACCUAGUCACGUCCGUUGUGUCCUUGAGCAAGACACUUCACCCUUGCUCCUGAUGGGUGGUGGUUAGGCAGCUCCCACCAUCAGUGUGUGAAUGUGUGUGUGAAUGGGUGAAUGUGGAAAUAAUAUCAAAGCACCUUGAGUACCUUGAAGGUAGAAAAGCGCUAUACAAGUACAACCCAUUUAUUUAUGUAUGGGAAAAACGGCCCUUUUUAUCGAUAGUUUGUUAUUUGGACGGAUCUGCCCACUCCUAAUGCUCCUAUUGAGCCUGUUUUUUUUACAUGUUAAUUAAAGGCUUAGUGGCCACAUGUGUGGACAGCACCUUUUAGCUCCUAUUUCCACAAUUGUGUACACUACUGAAUUGGGGUCUUAUGGCCACUUAUGUGGACACUUAUACUGCCAUCUGGUGGUGUCAGAAGAGUAUAACAUACAAUGGAAUUUG